AUGAUAAAUCACUACUUGCACGCUUCUAUCAUGCAGAUCGGUCACUCACAGCCGUCGCCAGCGAACUGGACAGUUUCGAUGGGCGCGCAGAGCCAGAUCGUUGCUCGCGGCUUGUCAGUCGGCUGCGCCAGGGACAGGACAAAGUACUCGCCAUCACCAAUUUGAUUAUGGAAGAGUUGCUCGGUGAUGAACGCCAUCCGCGUGCGUUUCGCGCCAAAUUUCCCGAAGAAGUGUUGCAAGAGAAUCUUGCCGGCCAAUUGUGGUUCGGCGCCGAGUGCCUUGCUGCCGGUUCAUCGAUAAUGCAUCGUGAACAGGAAAGCAAAGAGAUGCGUCCAUUGGCACAGGCCGUCACAAAGAGUUUGGGUACAGUGCGCAGUCUGUUGCGUGAUCAGUGCCUUCGCAACAAUGUGCCGAACAGCAAAACAUUGCGUUUGGAUAUUAACGAUUCGGGCACAGAGCAAUUGUAUGAGAGUUUGAAGAUUUUUGAUCGCUUAUUUGCCGAAUUCGAAUUACGUUACGUCAGCGCUAUGGUGCAGGUUAAGACAAAGGAGGAGUAUGAAAUGCAGGAGCUAAUUUGUGUACUCUUCUCAGAGACACUGCAACGCGCAAUUAAAUUGGGUCUAAUUGAUCAGGACAAAGUAGAUACAUUCGAUCCUGCUUUAAUGUUUUCCAUUCCACGAUUGGCUAUUAUUACCGGGUUGGUCGUCUAUCCGAAAGGGCCGCUGAAUAUGGAUAUGUCAGCAGAUCAGCUCUCGGAGAUGUUUCGACCCUUUCGCACGAUACUCAUAAAAAUUCGCGACCUACUACGUACGCUGAGCAAAAGUGAAUUGCAGCAGCUGGAAAAACUUUUGUGCACCAAUGAAGAUAUUCAAUUGAAUCAGCCAGUUGGCCACAGCAGCAUUGAAGCGCCGAGUGAGGAUCAACAGAAUAACAAUAGCAACACAACUAUUAGCACAAGUACUAGCACAAAAAAUCCCUCCAGUAGAACAGAAGAGUUCACAGAACCAGAAUUGGAGCAACGAAACAAUAAUUUAAGUAGCACACGGCCCAGUGCCGAAAAUUGGACCCCACCACUCCCCGUCGCCGAAUCAGGCACAAGAAGUUCAAAAGAUGAUUUAAGAACAGUUGGCUCGAAGUCACGUUGUGGCUCUUGCAGUCGACACUCAGUCUCCUCAGCCUCUGGUGACAGUUCAGUACUUUCCACACCCGCCGCUUCACCUACCCCAUCACAUUCAAUUGCGUCUACUACAUCUGCUGUAACCAAUAGCUCCACUACCUCACCUGCAGACUGGUCUGAUGAUGAAGACGACGAUGAUGAGGACGAAGACGAAGACGACGAUGGCGAUGAUGAUAUUCUCAUCAAUGCAGAUGACGAGGCUGAACUCGAUGAAGAUGAUGAUAAUGAGGUAGUGAUUGGUGAUUGUGAAAACGAAGACAUUGUAUCUGCUGAUUGCGCCUCGGGUUAUCUCAUUCCAAAUACAAAUUUCGGCAAUCUUUUGCAACCCCAAGAUGUUCCUUUGACAGGCAAUUUUAUUGCCAGUGAAGAUGACGCGUCCAGUAAUGCCAAUGUUGAGGUGGAAGAUGAGCACGCUUUUUCAGAUGUACCCACCACUAGCGCGGCAUUGAGGCGACUACGCCUCAGCAAUCCAACUGAACACUCUGCCAUGCAAAGUGGCGAUAAAGCGACAAUAAUCGCGCCAACAGCAGCAGCAACAACUAUAACACUUUCACCAAAGUCAUCUCUUUCGAGUGGCAGUAGUGAAACUGAUAAAUUGUCUGCCUGUAGCUGUGAGUCUCCGUCAUCCUCGUCGACGCAAAGCAAAAAGAGUGAAGUAAGUGGGAAAGAGACAAGCCAACGUCACUCUAGCAGUCAUCAUCACCGUCACCUUGAUCAUAGCUGCUCGGCGGGAAGACCACAUAAAACUCACAGUCAUCAUACGCACGGUAGCCCUCCUUUUCGACACCAAAAUCAACAUCACCAUCACCAUCAUCAUCAUCGGCGUAAUCGAAGAGGCAGUGAUCACACAACGAAGGCGAAAAGCAGCGCAGCUGAGGAUUGUGUUAGUAACGACGCAACCACUCUACAGCUAGGAAACUCGGGUGAUGUGAAAGAGUUCAACAAGUCGAAGACGACUACUUGUAACAACAGCUCCUCGAGCGCAGAUAGCAGCACGGCAUCUUCGCUGUCGGAUGGCGUUGUUGAUGCGCACCAACAACCUAACGAAGUUAAUCAGGCUAUAAAGGUGUCCACACGCAAGAGAUUUAAAACUAUUGAAAAUCUUCUCCAUCGCCUGUUUGUUUGCAUUGCCGGAGUGGCUGAUCAACUGCAGACCAAUUUUGCAGCUGAUUUACGUCAAAUACUACGCAGCGUGUUCCUUAUGAAUAUGUCACCCGUGCAGGAAGAGCUCGACAUACCCGAAAAACCAAAGGAAUCGGAACUGUUUGAGUUCCGUGCUUCCGAACAGGAUGUGAUACAGGAGAAUGCCGGCUCCAACCAGAGCAUUUAUUCAGCAGAGGAAGUCAAUCCCGAGCUGGACAAUGUGUUCCACAACAGUGGCGGUAGUGGUUCCGGCAGCGGUAAUAACAGUAGCAGCAGCAACAGCAGCAACAGCAGCAACAGCAGCAGCAGCAGCAGCGCUAGCGUCAGCGUCAGCAAUAGCAAUAAUCGGCAUUCCCUUGGUGGCGCCAUACAGCGUGGCAAUACCAUAGAUGUAUCAGAUCCGAAUGUUGUGUCGUCCGGUGUGUCCGUGGGGCGCACGCAUGUCAGUCGCAGCCGCAGUUUGGGUGAUCACGAUCACAGUGAUAUAGGCGCGACACCUGCCACAUCGUCCGCAACAACGACGGUCGGCCUUCAAAGUAGUCGCCGCUUAAGCGCUUACAUCAGUGGACAGCGGCAACGCCGAAAUCGAAAUGAUUCAGUGGGUAGCACUUCGCCCAUCUCAUCCAGCUCUUCAUCAUCUGCCUCGUCCGAAAGCAAUUCACCAGUUAGUCAGCGCGCUUCAAUACCCAACCCAGCUAGCAGUAACAACAAUAAUAAUCUAACAGCAACAAGAACGUCACCACCGUCUGCUGCUGCCGCUGCCGCUGCCGCUACUAGUAUGCGCACCGCCAGCAUAAAUACACGCCUGUCCCCGCCCGCUUGGGUGCCGGACGAUAAGGCGCCGCGUUGCAUGGCUUGUCGCACACAGUUCACAGCAUUCCGCCGUCGCCAUCACUGUCGCAACUGCGGUGGCGUAUUCUGUGGUGUCUGUUCGAAUGCAUCGGCACCAUUACCCAAAUAUGGACUGACAAAGGCAGUACGCGUAUGCCGUGAUUGCUAUGUGCGUGAGGUGCGCGCCAAUACCACUGUCACUGGUGGCGGCGCUGGGCGUAGCACUGUCAUAUCGCCGCGGGCAACAGCGGCGGCAGCAACAGCUGGCGGGUCGUAGAAAAGCGAACUGCAGCAAUGGGUAGGGCUCAGAGGGAGCUCACUCGCGGAACUGAUAAAAAUGAAAAGCUAGGCUUUCGUAUUGCUUUACUGCUGCUUUACCAUUCUUUGCCACGCGUCGUCUGUGGAACAUUAUAAACUAAAUGUUUUUCGAUUUUUGUUUGUUUAAUUUUAAAUUGUGAAAAGUUACACAAUGCAAAUGUGUAAAUAUGGAUUGUAUUGGACUUUUAAGUUAGCGUCAAUUACAACUGUGUGUUUGUUGUAAGCCAGAAUAGCGUUUACAAUUAACAAAUCGAUGUCAACAAUUCAGAUAAUGAUGUUUGCGUAAGGGAGUACAGUUCCAUAGGUAGACUGUUACUAAACAGUUUGUUUUUUUCGGAAAUAGGAGCAAUGUAUUAGCUCUGAGCUAUAACACCGGCUUGCGUUUUGCCUAAAUUAUGCAUUUCCAGUUGUUUCGUAUAAUAAAUUAUAACACUACGAUUCCAUAAAAACAAAGAUAUUUAAUU